GGUCGUUAUCGCGUCUUUUGGUUGUUGUGCACGCCGGAAGAGCUAGGAAUUGCGAGGCAAGUCUGAGUUCGUGGAAUCAACGUCAGCAUGCCACCGAUGAAAAAUGGAGCAGAAGGUCAUUAAAACAGAAAUAAACAUGUCAAAGUUGGUCUGUAUUGCAGCUACCAAAAAAAAUUGGGGGAAGGCCGUACCUGUUGUCUUAGCGCUCAGGGAGAAGGGUGUGCAAGAACAAUGGAAGCGUCCGUCAGGCGUUGAUAGUGGCAAGACAAACCCCCAUUGGAGUUUGAGCAAUCGGGACGCAAAAGAGAACGCGGUCGGCUUCGGUGUCGACGACGUUUGUCGCUGGGCAAUUUUGCACGGCGAGAUAUCGUUAUGCCGGCGGCUGGUGAGAAAGUUCGGUUUCGCUGAAAAACCACCAUUGCGCGUUGCUGCGCGCCGCUCACCAGGUUGGGUAGAGAGUCAGUCGAGUGGGUCUCACGUGCAGUACCCACCAGCCACAGAUGGCCCGGGCGCCCAGCACACUCAGGUUAUCAGACUUCCAUUUCGGGCCUUGUAGACCCUUUUUUCCUCAAUUUAGUGGGGCAUAUCAGGG